AUGUCAUCGCCAAAGCCUUCCGCCGGCGUAGAGGAACCGGUCACCAAGUCGCCGAAGCCAGAGUCACCUCAACGCGACGGCGCGUCCGAACCUGCGGAGGAGAGUUCUGGUCGCGAAUCUGGGGAGGCUUCUGAGUCGCCAACUGACCACAACAAUGAAGCCGAUAAGGAUGCGCCGCCUCUGCCCAACGAGCCGGCUCCGGAUGGACCACCUUUGCCUAGCGAACCCUUACCUUCUGGACCGCCACUGCCUAACGAGCCUGCGCCGCAACAGGAGGAUGAUGGUUGGGAUUGCCAAUGGGAUCCAAACACACAGGCUUGGUUCUUUGUAAAUCGCUUCACUGGCCAAUCUCAGUGGGACAACCCCCGAGUCGCCACAAGCGCUACCGUACCUGCCGCUCCAGGUAUUCCUCAACCCCCAGCAUCAGAGAAACCUGCAGCUGGAGGUUACAACCCAGCCAUCCACGGCGACUACGACCCGAACGCUUGGUACGCUAAAGGGGGCAACGAAGAUGAUCAGACCGCAACCACAACCGCCGGUAUCAUCGACCCCGCCGAGAUUUACGCCUCAACAGCUACUUUUAACCGCUUCACCGGACAAUUUCAAGCAGCUGGCGAAGGACCCGAGCGCCACAGUGACGAAGCCAAGUCGAAGCGCCAAAUGAACGCCUUCUUCGACGUUGAGGCCGCCGCCAAUGCCCACGACGGCCGCAGCUUGAAGGCUGAGCGUUCGGGGAAGAAGCCUUCCAAGGCGGAGCUCAAACAGUUCAAGGAAAAGAGACGAGCUCGCAAGGAGGAGAAGCGUCGCGCUUGGCUGCGGGACUGA